ACUACUUAAGUAGUAGUAACAGUCGCUAGGUAACUAACAUUGGUACCUCGGCCGCUGGCACUACGGAUGACUAGGCGAUCGCAUUUGCAAAAAAUACCGAUUAAUGUCAAUAUUGUUAUCCUUCUUAUCCAAGGAUAACGCUAUGCCAAGACUGCAACAACAAAAAGGUUGCCAAGUUGAUUCUACCAAACUCCAGUCCCUUCUCGAGUCUCCUGAUGAAACGAGUCAAGAUUCUCGACGAUUAUCCUGCAAUGAUCUUAGCCAGGAUUAUCGCCCACCCCAGAUUCUUUGCCCAACGCACAAAGCAUGACGAAACAUUGAGGGGGAUUUGCCAAUCCCCAAUUUCCCAACCCUAGACUAAUAGUUUCUUCUAUGGACCGUGUAUGGAGUACAU